AUGCGUUUGUGGGUACUAGUUUCCCUUGUCGGGCUGGCAUUGACAGCUCCUUUGCUUGAAGAAAAUGAAGCGGAAAAGAAAAUAGUGAAAAGAUCUGACGAGGAAAUUGGCAUGGGAAACCAACAAAAUCUUUCUAGAAAUAAAAAAAGUGACAGUGAACCAUCUUUGCUGGAUGAUAAAGCUGGAUCUGUCCUUGCGGACUCUCCACAAGAGGUAAUCCCAGAAGCCCAUGAUGAAAGUGAAGUUGAAGCGCAGGUACCAGUUUCCGACAAUAACGUUGCUUCUGAGUCGAAAGUGGAAGAGGAAUUGAAUGCCAUUAUAAAAGAGGGCCAAAUGGCACAACAAUUGGCAGAAGACGAGUCAGAAGAAACGCAUCCAGGUGUUGAAGAAACACAAGAAAUGCCUAAUGUGGAAAACUCUGAUUCCACAGAACAGAGUGAUAGUGAUGCUGAAACUGAGGAAAACAAAGACGAAGUUGUUGUACCGAAUGAAGAAGUGCCGGAAAUUGCAGAAGUUGAGGAACCACAGCAAGAGGUGGUUGAUUUGAAUAAUGUUAUAUCUCCAGAAAAUAACGAGGCGAUAAAGGAACUUAUCCAAGAAAACAUGGUCAGCUCGCAACCAGAAGACAAUGACACCCCAGAGCAGUUUGCCGACCUUGCAGACACACCUCUUGAGGAUGCUACACAGGACGAUGGAGGCCAACACGAACUGGGAAUGCUCGAGAACCCUCUCGAAGCUUACCGCAUGUUUAGGAACUACCAAAAUUUCCUGGCCACUUAUCCUGAUUAUUACGCAGACUCCUACAGAGGCUUUCCGAACGGACGCAGAAGAAGGGCAUCGAAUCCAUUAUUGUCGCGCCUUCGGAACCGUGAAAUGAAAAGAAAUCAUCGGAACAAGCGUGAAUUAUCAUACGGCGACAGCAGCCUCUUUCCAUACUUCUACCCAGAACGGGAACAAGAACAAGAAGACGAUCUGUACAGAGUGGUACCGGAUCAGGAAAUACUUGACGACGAACCGUACACAAUGUUUCCGGAAGAGGCAUUGGAGGAAGAACUAGCAGCAGAAGAGGGGUUGCCUUACACAGAUGAAGACGAAGGAGAAUAUGGAACACCUAUAUUGUAUGAUGGCAAAGUGGGAUAUUUCAUGCCAUCUAAGCGCCAAGACAUGCUUAGUUUUGUCCCUGGCAAUAAGAGGGACUCUUACUUUUUUCCCUUCUCCAAAGAACCAGACACACACUACAGGGCAUUUGUGCCGGAGAAAAGGAGCUACCUGGAAAGCUACGGAGACCUAGUACGAUUGGCAAGAGCCUUGGCCAUGGAGCCACAGGAAAGAGAACAAUAUCUACAGGGUUAUGAAUGGGAGUAAGAUCAAUGUUGUGCUCACGUGAUCAUACACACGAUCUUUG